ACACACUUUUACGAAAUCUGAAAAUAAACUUAAACAAAUUAUAUAAUCCUUCUAUUUUAAUAUUUUAAGGCGUACACGAAUCAGGGCGAAACCUCGCGAUAAAUCGCGAGACUUGGAGUCUUCCAUCUUGCCACGUUCCAGCGCAUGCAGUGGGCGGGGUUUAACCCGCGGCUAUCCACACGAUUGAAUCAAAGCAAGAGCGUUUGUAUGGGGAUUGGAUGGAUUUUUAUUUAUGCCCCGCCUACAGCCACAUUCCACAUUGAUCACUGGCCGAAUGCUGAGUCACUCAAACCCAGUGGUCGGUGCAGGGGGAGGUUUGGUUUUAGUGGGUUUCAUUAUUUAGAUCUCUGCAAAAAUCUGUAAGAUUAAAUUCAGCGUGUAAAUCUGAUUAAUUAGAGAGAAAAGAGACACAAGCUACAUCCGGCAAGAGGACAUGGCCACGAAGAAAACGUCACGGGGACAAAGCAAGAAAGCCUGUGACUCUGAGGCCUGAACACAUGACGCCAAACUGCAAAUGAAUAAAAAUGGGAAAAAGGGCGGAGCUAAAGGCGGCGUGUCGUUCUUCACCUGGUUUAUGGUUCUGGCUCUUCUGGGUGUCUGGACCUCUGUCGCUGUUGUAUAUUUUGAUCUGGUGGAUUAUCAGGGUGUCAUCGGUAAACUCUCAUCCUACGAUGCUGACGGUGAUGGAGACUUCGAUGUAGAGGAUGCUAAGGUCUUGUUGGGACUGAAGGAGAAGCCUGAUGUUCUGCCCUCUGGACCUUCUUCUCCUGCUGAAGUCCCAGAGCCUGAUGUAGAGGAACAGAUCCACGCUGCUAACGGUGAUGAAUCAGCUCGGCUUCCUACAGAGCCUGAGGCCGUGGAGGAAGAGGAGCCUGAGGCUGUGGAGGAAGAGGAACCUGAGGCCUUGAAGGAAGAUGUAGAAUCACCGAUUGAAGAACAAGAAGAGGUUCCUGAUGUGGUUGAGGAUGAGCCAAGUAUAAUAAAUGAGGUGGAAAGGGAAGCAAUAGAAGAAGCUGUGCUUGUUAAUGAGGUUAUCAACGAGGCAUUUGUGGAACCUACAUCUGCUGCAGAAGCAGCUGAAGUGGAAAGUGAGGAAAUUGCCCAAGUGGUAGAAGCUGUUGUAGAACCAGUAGAGGAACCUAGCCAAUCUGAGGAAGCUGUUGAAGAGCCAGUUGAGGAAAUUAUCCCAGCUGAGGAAGAAGCUGCUCUGGUUGAGGAGGUAUUUGAAGAAGCUACCCAUGUAGAAGAUUUCCUCUCUCUGGAGCAGACAGAAGAGGCAGAAGUAGUUGAGGAAAGCAUUCCUGUUGAGGAAGUAGUGGAAGAAACACUAGAAGAAACUGCCUCUGCUGAAGUUGGUAUAAAAGAGGCAUUUCCUUCAGAAGUAGCAGUUCCUGAAGAGGAAGCUUCUGUAGAUGAGGCAGUUUCAGUUGAGUUAGAAGUAGAGGAGCUUCCAACAGUGCAAGAGGAAGCUGAGGAAGUAACACCUAGUGAAGAAACGAUAGAAGAUCUGGCUGCAGAAGAGGUGGCUCCUGCAGAGGAACCGACAGACGAGGCCUUAACACAAGAGCCUGAGGUCGCAGAAGAAAAGCAGGAGGAGGAAGGUGAAGAUGAAGAGCCAGAAGAAUCCACAGAGGAUGUUGUAGAAGAACAGAGUGAAGACGAGCAGACGGAAACUUAAGUUUUGGCACCUUGUGUGGAGGCACAGAGAGGAUCACCCCACUAUGACUGGGCAGCUGCAGUGAACAACCCCAGCAUCCAAAUCUACUCCUUUCAUCUAUUUUAUUUUAUUAGACACUCAGAUUUUUGAAUGAUAACACACACGUGUACAUGUUCGAGUUGGGUUUCUUUUCUUAUUCAGUUUCCUUUUCUCUCCUAAACAGCAGCUCUGUCCUUUUGUCCUUCUGUCCAUCUGUCCUUUUGUCCUUUUCCCACUUUAGUUUCUGUUAGACAUGAAACCACUGUUGGGUUUGUUGAGAAUCAGAAACUUCCUGUGUAUUGAAGCUGCUUUGUGUGUGUGUGUGUGUGUGUGUGUGUGUGUGUGUGUGUGUGUGUGUGUGUGUGUGUGUGUGUGUGUGUAUGUGUGUGUGUGUGUGUGUGUGUGUGUAUAAUCAUGCCAUGAUGUUAAUGUGAAGGUUUGACACAAAGCUGCACUGACGUGUUUAAUGGCUUUCACUCCUCACUUCACCUCAGUGUUACAGAAAGAGGCAUGUUUUCUAAUGCUAACGUGUGUGUGCGUGCGUGUGUGUGUGUGUGUGUGUGCGUGUGCGUGUGUGUGUGUGUGUGUGUGUGUGUGUGUGUGUGUGUGUGUGUGUGUGUGUGUGUGUGUGCGCGCGCCUGCAUGUGGCCCUUGAGCCGUGUUUUUUUAAUCACAGAGCCACAAAUCACUUUAUGACUCUUCAGCUUCAUUGUCGCUCAUUAGUGAGUCAUCGGUUUAAUUUUACACAGAAAACCUCUCAGCUUUUGUCACUAAUCCAUGAGACAGUUAAAGGAAACACAUCUGAUGUCGUCUCAUGAACCUCCUUCUGUGUGAUUGUUUAGAUUUGGCCUCAAACUAACGUUCAGUUUAUUUACUAGUUGGUGUUUAUUUAAAGUGUUCAGUCAUUGUUAGCACAUGUUUAGUUUGGGUGAAGAGUUUGUAUAGAGACAGAACACUAAUGAUCACAUCACACACACACACACACACACACACACACACACACACACACACACACUAAGAGAUUGCAGGGUAGCUUUGAUAUAUACAUAAACACAACACGGAGUCAAUGUGAACUUUUACAUUUAACUUUGGUUUAAUUUCUUUUUUUUGUGCUAUGUUCCUAAGCCAUAAGUGGGACGUGGGAUUUGGAGGAUAAAGAAACAAAAACAAGCAAUAAUUCUUUCUGCGAAUAAUUUAAUUGUUAUUUGUGUUUAAACAGGUUUUUGAUUAGGUUUACACGCUAUUCUGCUGUAUGGGUCACACACACGUUAACUUAUUGCAGUUUUACAGACGUUUGGGUCACAGUUUUGUAUGUGACAGUUUUAGGUUUGAUUUCUGCAAUAAAGUUUGGGACAAAA